AUGGCCGAACCAUCUGUUCAGCCACACCUGACGCCGCAGUUUUGCUUCUCGACUAUAGCCCUUAGAGACUUCCUCCGGAUAUCUCGUGGCGCAAUAGACGAUUCAAUAACGCAAAACCUCAAUGCUCUAGUGACGCCUUCUAAGUCGGGCUUUGACCCUGCUUCAACCUCCGUGCGGAUCCCGCGAGGGCCUGAUCGGAUUAUCGAUCCUGAAGCAUGUCAGGCAUUCAAGAAUAAGGUCUUGUUCCCUUCAUGGCAGGCAAGAUCAGAUGUCUUGACUUACUGCGCGUAUGUAGCGACCAGUCCAGAUCCAGACGACCCCGAGGUUGGUCUACGAGAGACUGAAACGGAGAAAAACCGCGAGCGAGUAAUCGAUGAGAGAUUAGAUCCAUAUUCUGCACGAUACUUCCCCCGGGAACCUCGCACGGAGCAACUAGCGAACCUUCUUCGACAAGAAAGAGGUGUCGAAAACAUCGUCCGUUCUCGAACGUGGGGCUUAGUACGGGAACGGUGCGGAGAUAGCUUCCUUGAUGCCGAGGAAGCUCUUAAUCGCUGGAGGACAGAAAGGGAACGUCGUGGUAAAUAA